UCGAGGACUGUUGUGUGUGGGCGCUGCUGUGUUGCGAGUGACAUUUAGUCGUAACUUCUCGUGUCCUGCACAUCUGUGUGGCAGUGAACUGUCUGCUGUACGUAACCCUCAGCAACGAAGCAAGGGCUCGAUAUAACUUUGGAUAACCACCCACAGCGCGCGAUGGGCGGGACGGCGCGGGUGCUGGGGCUGCUGGCGGCCGCCUGCUGCCUGUGGCAGGCCAGCGCCCACGUGGCGCUCACCUUCCCGCCGGCCAGGAGGUACGCACUCGACUUCCUCGACUCCUCGCGCACCAGGCCGCCCUGCGGAAUGCCCAGAGGUACCACGCAGACGUCAUUCCCCGCUGGCGCUGUGUUCAACGUAACGUGGCACCUGGCGUACCCACACAGGGGUGGUUACAAACUGCAAGUGCUGGAUAGCCUGGACCGCCCGGUGCUCGAUCUGACGCCUAAAGUGGGAAACUCGGAGUUCAUCCGGGACGAUGUUACGGCGCAGAGCUACCAGGUGAAGCUGCCGCCCGACUUCACGUGCGCCAACUGCACUCUGCGUCUGCAGCGACAGGCGGACGAGUGGGGCAGCAGCUACCGCUUCUGGUCCUGUGCCGACGUCGACAUCCGGGCGCGCAAGGCGUGGAAGGAGGACUGCAGUGGGCGAGGCCGGAGCCUGCUGGGGAAGUGCCUGUGCGAUCGACUGUACCGUGGGCCACGAUGCCAGUACCGGGAAGAGUGCGAGACGUCUGCUGACUGUGGACCGCAUGGAGCUUGCAUUGACAUCGGCGCUACUACACCACCCCGCAGGCAGUGCUACUGUGAUGUUGGCUGGUUUGGUCCUGGGUGCAACAAGAGAUCACCUGUGCGGACUACAGAAAUAGAUUUUGCACAGUACACCCAGCGAAACAUGAGUGCUGAUGUUACUCUCUACUGGAGAAUUUUUAAGGAACAGAAGGAACUGGAAGCUGUUUUGGUUGUCAACGGUACCAGUUGGGUGGGACUGGGUUGGAGACCUCGCUCUCUAACCGCAACAUGCCGCAACUUCCCAGAAAUUAAGGACACUGUCAUUGUGACACCACCAGUCACAACACCUGCAGCUGAACCAGAACCAGAACCUAGCAGUGAGCCAGAACCAUCCACUGAGCCGGAACCAACAAGUGAACCAGAACCUUCGGCAUCGAGCACAAAGCCUACAUUAUUUCUUCGGAAACCAAAGUUAGCAAACACAAAACCUCCUGGUCUCAGAAAAUCAAACACUACAGCAGCUCCAGAACCAACCAGUGAACCAGCACCAAGCAGUGAACCAGAGCCCAGCAGUGAACCAGAGCCCAGCAGUGCGCCUGAACCCAGCAGUGCGCCUGAACCCAGCAGUGCACCUGAACCCAGCAGUGCACCUGAACCCAGCAGUGUGCCAGAACCAAGCAGUGAACCGGAACCAAGCAGUGAACCGGAACCAAGCAGUGAACCAGAACCCAGCAGUGAACUAAAGCCUACUGCUAAGCCAGCACCAAGCAGUGCAUCCAAUCUUUCUGAUGUGUCACAGACAAGUACAACUCAGCAACCGUCCAGAAAUGUUACCAAUAAAGUGGUGUCAUCAAGAGAAACAAAACUGGAAGAAAUUCCUGAAUCAAGUACUGUCCCAAGUGACCAAGGAAUAUCUGUCCAGAAGACAAGUGUAUCUUAUCGAGUCAGUGCCAGAAGAGGUCGCCGGAAGAGAGAAACACCAAAUGUAGAACAGUCUCCAGGCAAGACUUCUGUGCAAGGACAACAGUCUGCCUCUCAAGAAUCAAGGCCAGGAACAUCACAAGGUCCUAUUCAAGCUACAAAGCCUGCUUUCCUGCUUAGACCAAAGCUUGGAUUAAAUGCUUCAGCCCAUCCUGAACCUAGUUCUGAACCAGAACCCAAAUCUGAGCCUGAACCUGGUUCUGAGCCAGAACCUAGCUCUGAACCAGAACCUAGCUCUGAACCAGAACCUAAAUCUGAACCUGAACCCAGUUCUGAACCUGAACCCAGUUCUGAACCAGAACCCAAAUCUGAACCCGAGCCAGCUUCAGAGCCUGAGCCAUCAUCUGGGACUGGAUCCAAAGCAAAGCCCAAGCUUGUGCCUACAAGCAGUGGGAAGCCUUUUUCUGCACAGGCUGUGCCACAGCCUCAAGGUGGAGCACUUCAUAUCUACGCUCCUCGUCAUGACUUUAAUGCCAUGGAUUGCACUGACAUUGUGAUUGGUUCUGCUCGGGGAAGUAGACAUCGUAUAAUGGACUACUACACACGAGACAGGUCCACUCCAAAAGUUGAUAAGUUCUGGGGAGGAAAUGAUGAUUUGACUGCAGCAAUGGGUUUUGAAAAAGAUGGAGUUACAACAAUAUUGUUUAGGAAGAAACUGAAAGCUGUGGAGCCUACUGAUCACACAAUUGAGGAGGACUUAAUGCAUGUUAUCUGGGCUAAAGGACAAGAGCCAAACAGAUACAUACACAAUCCCAAAUCAGGCUUAGAGAAGGAUAAAGCGUCAGUGAAAGACUUUUAUCGUCAGGAUGAGUUGAAGUAUCACGGUCAUGGCUCACAAAGAGGACAGACGACACUCAACUUCUAUGAAGAAGCAGAGCGUGAGCAGAAAACUGCAGCCACUGCUGAUGCCAGCAUCUGUGGUGGUCACUGGCGAACUCCUCGUGGAUGUGAUCCUGAGAAGGGCCAGUGCGAGUAUUAUGCCCGGUGGGAACAUCACAACAAAAAGGAUGAGCUUCGAUUUACAAUACAUACAAAGCACACUGACACAUGGACAGGAAUUGGCUUCUCAAAUGAUACAAGAAUGUCCCAGACUGAUGCUAUACUUGGAUGGGUGGACAGCAAGAAUGGGCAGCCAUUUAUGAUGGAUACGUGGGUGACAGGCUACACUCCUCCUCCACUUGGAGAGACACAAGAUAUUUAUAAUAUAAGUGGUCGCAUUAAUAACGGUAUUACAACAUUAUAUUUUAGCCGUAAGCGACUCACUGAUGAUGAGAAGGACUUUUCAUUCACUGAAAAUACAUGCUACUACUUUAUGUUCCCUGUGAGAGGUGGGGUGUUUAAUUCUAAAAAUAAGAGAAUGAGGAAACAUGAACAAGUUCCCAGUAUUUCUGCAGAAAGAAUAUGUAUUAAACCAUGCUUGACAGAGGAGUUAAAUGAAGUAAUAAGCACCACACCUGCUCCACCAAGACUGGCUUAUACCGUUGAUGUGAAGAUUGUAAAUCUUGGUGAAAAUUACCAUAUACCAAAACCAGGGAGUCCAGAGUAUGAUACUCUAACAAAUACUGUGAGCGGUGCAUUUACUGAUGCUCUCACAAAACUGAAAGGUUUCCAUAAGGUGCAGGUGGAAGAUUUUGAAGAAUUAAAUGGAAAUGUCAUAGCAAAAAUGAAAUUAGUUCUAGACAAGGACAAAUAUGAAAAUGGAAAGCCACUGGAUGAAGUUCCAGAGUCAGUUCAGCAAGUUCUCCUAGAGACUGUCAAAAGUGGCCGUGUUGGUGCACUCUCUGUUGAUCCAAAUUAUGUUGAAUUUGAUCUUAUAAAACAAGUAUCAGAUUUACCAGAAAACACAGAAAAUACUGAAAAUAAAGACACAGUCCUUUCUGCAACAAAGCUGUAUAUCGUUCUUGGGUGUAUUGCAGCACUGGUGUUCAUAGCAAUUGUUCAAGCAGCUUGCACUAUUUAUAAAACAGUUAGAAGCCCUGCAUCACACCACAAGGAUCAUCUUAUUCCAAACUCUGCAUGGAAGGAUUACUCAGCUGCCAACACAAAUUAUGCAUUUGAUGCAUUUGAACAUGAAGAGAAGAUUCCUGGAGGACCUGGCUCUGGGGGUGGUACAUUACCAGGAAAUGGUUCAGCGAUCAGCAUGUCUACUGGUGGCAUGGGAACAGGACAGUCGAGGGCAGUGGCACCUACAUCUGCCGGACCGUUACGACCGCACUCCCAGUCUCGCUACACGGCGGACAAUACACGAUCGCUGCAGCGUCCACUGUCAGCAUCUGCAUCAUCAGUGCCAGCUGCAGAACGCACUACAUAUUCUCUACCGAGGACAGCAGUUCAAGGACCUGGUGGAGGAGGUGGUGCACGACACAACCACCAGCUCCGCAAUGGGUAUUACACCCAGGAUAACAGAGUUGCAAGAGGUCCAGGCUCGCGGCCUACUGAUUUGCAACCUGAUUUCUACUUCAUGCCUUCACAGCGGAAAUAUUCAGGCGAGGUAUAAGCUUGAUACCGAGGACAGCUGCCGGCCCAGUGAGCUACUCGUGGGGAAUAUACACUCAUGCCAUCCCACAGUCAGUGUCAUUCAAUGCUGCAGUGUGCCCUCAAGAAAAUUCAGUUGGAAAUUGUUUAACCUGAAUUUUCCAAAGACAUUAUUUGAAACACAUGGUACCCGUCGUGACCAGUGACAUCUUCAGUGGAGCCAUAAAUACAGAAGCUAAACAGUUCUAGAGGUGUUUGUUACCAUUGAGCUGCAUACUUUACAUACAGUUGGAAAGGUAUUGCUUUGGAUGUGAUUAUGAACAGUUAAGUUGGAGGCACAUCCUAUGGAGCAUAACAUUCAUCACUAAUGUAGUGGGUUUGUUCACAGCUGUUAUCCUUGAAGCUAAGUGAAAUUGAUAACUAGUUCAGACAAAAUUAAUCAUUACAUCAGUCAGAUUUUUGUAUUGCUGUUGUAUUGUUUGUCUAGGUACACAAAUAUGAGUGGUGUUUUUAUAUGUACCUCAAGUUUUAGUAUAUUUUCAGUUUCUGUUCAAGUUGUAGAUAAUAUGGUGCUGUUAAAGUGACAUUUUGCAUUAUACUGUCAUUAUAAGUGCCUGGAAAGCAUUUAAUGACUGGAGCAAACCAAUAGGUUAUUUUAAAUAUGUGUAUUUAUUAAUAGUUGAAGGGCACAUUUUAAUGUGUCAUAAAUUGAUACUGUGAGCAAGUUCUUUAUAAUUAAAAAAUCUUUGUUUAUUUCUGGAAAUGUGUACCAUUUUAAAUGUAUAUGCAAUUUAUUAUGUAUAUAUUUAUGUACAUAAUUUGUAACUUAUAUAGUAGGAAAUUAUUACACAUAGGAAACAGUUUCCCACAUGUGUGUGUGUGUGUGUGUGUGUGUGUGUGUGUGUGUGUGUGUGUGUAUGUGUGUUUGUGUGUGUGUGUGUGUGUGUUUUGGUUCAAUGUAUGUGUGUAUAAACCUUUGUAAAAUUUUUGUGGUAAAUUUUAACAGAAGGCAAGCUAUUACUGAUUUAUCAAUGCAGUCAGUCAUAUCAGUUCUGCAUUUUUAGAUCGAUAUCAAUAUAUAACAGGAAAGUCAAACAGAAAAGAUUUCAGUAGUUUAGACCAAUCAAAAUUAAAGCAAGAAAACUGAAAUUGUAGGAAAUGACAAGUCAUUGGCUAAAAAGUUACUGUGUAAUAUUAUUCAGUCCAGGUUUUCAUCCCAGAGCAGUUCAAAAGGCACUUCUUAUUACAGUUCACAUUUUUAAGUAUAUAUUGUAACUUUAAAAAAAAGAAAAGAAAAGAAAACUGACACAAAUCACUUAAAUAAGAACCACUUACUGUCUCAGCAUAGAAUAUUUCUUUCAGGAUACGGAAUCAGUCCAAUUCCAAACUUGAAAUUAUGUUUUUGUAUUGUCUUCCUUUUUAUUGAGUCAUUUUACAUGGUUUUGAAUGUUGGUUAAAUAUAAUUUAUAUUUCUACAUUGUUAAUUGUAAGUAGAAAGGCAUUACAUGACACAUUACAACACAUACCCCCUCUAAGUAUCUGGCUUAGAUUUUUGCCAGAAAAGGAUACUGUUAUGUAUAACAGUUUAUGUACAAUUUUGAUACCAAAACAAACUUACUUCAUCAUUUUACGUAUCACAUGUUUUUAUUCACAGUCAGCUACUUAUUAAAUGUUUGCCAGCCAGUUAGUAGUAUUAGAGCUGUGUGAAUGGCGAUGUAUGUUUCAUAUGUACAUAUUUGUGAUUACCGAAUAAAAUUAUUGUAACAGAA